AUUCUCAUAUUUGUGGAUACUACUUAUGUAAUAUUUAAAAAUGUCCCAAGGAGAAGGUGCUGCUGUUGCAGUACCUAAUAAUCAAAACGGUGCGGUAGCACAUAAUCUUCACAGUCUUGCUGGUGUUAUAGGACCAGUUUUAAAUAAUAAUAACAUGAAUAUAGCUAGAAAUAACAAUAAUCAAAACCCACUGAUUAAUGUACGGGAUAGAUUAUUUCACGCAUUAUUUAUCAAAGCAGCUCUAGCCUAUGCACGAACAUUUCCAAGGCCUGUUAGGAGAUUUAUAGAAUUUAUAGUCCUUUUAAAGGCUAUAUUGGCAUUUUUUGUAUUGGCUUAUAUUCAUAUAGUAUUUUCACGUGCACCAACUAAUUGUUUAGAACACAUAAGAGAUGAAUGGCCACGAGAUGGUAUACUGAGAGUCGAAAUUCUUAGAAAUGGUGGUGAAGAUUAUAGUAUAGAGAAAAGUUAUGCCAAAGAAGAAAAAUUGAGACAAGAAAAAGUUGAUGAUUUAACUAAUGCUUUAGGAAUAUUAACUGGAGAUGGUUUUAUAAAUAUUGAACCAUCUGCUGUUGAUGAAGAACGAGAUACUAUAAACGUCUCUGCCGAAGAGAAUCAUGAGAAUUUGACACUACAUGAACAGGAUGUAAUAACAAGUGCUACUAUUUCUGGAGAAACGCAGAAUCCUGAUCUAAGCACAACAAAUACAACAAUGAGCCCAUCAUUAUCAACAAAGCUUUGGAAUGGUUUAAAUAUAGCUAAAAAAAUGGUAUGUACAUCUCCUGAAGANUCAUCUUUUGCAAAUGUGGAAGGUAACUCUACAGAAGUGCCUGAUCAUUUAAAUGAAGAUAAUGUUAUACAGUUAAAGGAUCGUUCAUCAGAUGUUGACAAAACGGCUAGAAUAGAAGAUGGAUAUAUUGUAGAAUAUUCAUUGGAAUAUGGUUUCUUACGAUUAUCACCAGCCGCUCGACAAAGACUAAACAUUCCAGUCAAAAUUGUCACUUUAGAUCCAUUAAACGACAAAUGUUUUGGUGAUGCAUUUUCACGGUUAAUAUUAGAUGAAUUUUUGGGAUAUGACGAUUUGUUGAUGGCAAGUAUCAAGACACUAGCAGAACAUGAAGACAACAAAGGAUUUUUACGGAACGUCGUGACGGGAGAACAUUAUCGAUUUGUGAGCAUGUGGAUGGCACGAACAUCAUACUUAGCUGCAUUUUUCGUUAUGCUCGUAUUUACGGUGUCAAUCUCGAUGUUAUUGCGCUACUCGCAUCAUCAGAUCUUUGUCUUUAUCGUUGAUCUUAUACAAAUGCUGGAGUUUAACUUAACUGUGUCAUUGCCAGCUGCUUCCCUAUUGACAGUAGUCUUGGCAUUAGUAGGAAUGGAGGCACUUAUGUCUGAAUUUUUCAACGACACAACCACUGCGUUUUACAUAAUCUUGAUAGUGUGGCUUGCCGAUCAAUAUGAUGCUAUCUGCUGUCACACGGCUCUUACAAAAAGGCAUUGGUUAAGGUUUUUCUACUUGUAUCACUUCUCUUUCUACGCGUAUCACUAUCGAUUUAACGGACAAUACAGCAGUUUGGCACUGGUCACAUCUUGGCUCUUUAUACAGCACUCAAUGUUAUAUUUCUUUCAUCACUAUGAGCUGCCAGUGAUUCUGCAACAGGCGCAGCUUCAGCAAUUGCUAUUUCGUAAUCAUAUUCAGCCUCAGGCACAGCCAGCGACGCCCAGCACGGCCCCAACUACCCCGGGUCCAGGAUCGCCGUCGCCGUCGUCGUCGUCGUCGUCACCGUCAGCGGCACCUUCACCUUCGUCAAGUCCGAAUCCAUCGACACCUACGACGGAACAGACGCAGCAAAACUAUAUCACCGAGCUUUCUCAGCUCGAUUUAGAAUCUAGCAAUGCAGAGGCACAACAUACGAAUGCGGAUACCACGCAACAAACGUCCGUGACAACGACGGCUGAUCGUCGAGAUGAUUCUGUUCGAGAAAUUCACGAAUCUUGAGGAUGCCAAAAGCAAGAAGAUAGUAUUGAGAAGGUUUGAUGUACGAGUAAAUCAUUCCAAAUACUCGCAUUUAUCUGCCAUUCAAUAUCUGCUAUUCAUACGAACUGUGGCAAGAGUGUUGGAUUGCAAUUUGCAACGAUCGCAAAAAACGAAUGAGCUUGUUUUUUUUUAAUAUUUAUUGCUGGUGUUACUAUAUUUGUAUAUAAUUAUGCGUUUAAAUUUGUGUAUAAUUUUUGUGCAAAAUAUUAUUUGUAGCUUGUGACAAUCACAUACAGUCAUGAAAUACUAAUUGUCCCAACAGUGCGUCAUUAUAUCAAUAAUUUCUUCAGAUUAUUCUUUAAACUAGAGUAAUAACAUGAAUUUUACGAUUACUUGUACGAAUAAAAAUAUAAACUAUUAAUACCGUAAUGCGUGCGUGAAAUUGCAACCCUUUGUCUUCUGCAGACGCGUCACUUUGCAUAGUUGCGACGAAAUAUUAUUAUAUAUAUAUAUAAUAAGCAGGGUAACCAGUUAUUUACAAAAAAGAGGAAAACAAUUUGAAGAAAUCACCGAUGCAAUGGCGCACUGUCCGGAUGAUUUGUUUCUAUAUUGUUGACUAUGUAUAUCUUAGAAAAUAUUAAAUAUAUUAAUAAAUUUUGAAAAAUCUAAAAGGGCUGGGGGACGACUCUGAAUUUAAAGCGCUUGCUUCGCCUUACUUCAACUUGACAGGUUUUCUCUCCCUGCUC